UGCAGGACUUGCCAGGGCCGGAGAGGAGAGGAAAAUUUGUCUGGGAAGGAAUGCGAGACGGGGUUUAGGAUUGGCACUGCCACGAGGAAAACCGAGGAGGUGCGACAUUUUCUAGGCUACGUGGAGAUCCGCAUUUUCUUUCCUUCAAAGGUGUUCGCCUCCCGACCCACCGCCCACCACGGCCCUCACCUGUGUGUUGCGGUGCUUCCCUUGUGAGCCGACCUGGGCUGGCAGUCCCUUCUUGCACCGCCCGCCAACCCCGCCCAUGGUCAGAAUGACGCGCUCCAAGACUUUCCAGGCGUACCUGCCGAGCUGCCACCGAACCUACAGCUGCAUCCACUGCCGAGCUCACCUGGCCAACCAUGACGAGCUCAUCUCCAAGUCGUUCCAGGGCAGCCAGGGCAGAGCCUACCUGUUCAACUCAGUGGUGAACGUCGGGUGUGGCCCUGCAGAGGAGAGAGUUUUGCUCACAGGCCUGCAUGCUGUAGCAGAUAUCUACUGCGAGAACUGCAAGACGACUCUGGGCUGGAAAUAUGUAAGAACAUGCUUUGAGAGCAGUCAGAAGUAUAAAGAGGGCAAGUUCAUCAUCGAGCUGGCCCACAUGAUCAAGGACAACGGCUGGACUGAGGGACGAGCAGCCGGGACACGACCGCAGCGGUGGAGAGGAGGAGGGAGUGGGAGGGGGAAAGGGGGACUGGAAAUGACCAGAUUGGACAGCUUGGUGACCUCAAAUGACCCGCGGGGGGACUGA